UUCCUUCUCAUAGCCUCCCCAGUUCCCACGCUACUAUAUAGUAACAAUCUUUAAUCUUAUAUACCACCUCACAUGCUUUCAAGUAAGCUUUCAUUCUGUUUUUUUUAAUGGCGGCAAGUUCCAGACUGAGCGAGGAGUUACGAAUCCCCAGGAAGAGUUGGACUCGUAAUCAAAGACCUGGAAACGAAGGCCUGAUCCUCAACAAUGGCGCUUCUGCUAGAAGUCCGUUUUGUAUUGAACCUAAUUCUAAAACGUUGGCGUCAUCUGCGGUGGUGCCCGCCAGAAAAGUUCCGGUUCUGUAUUACCUAUCUCGGAAUGGUCAGCUUGAACAUCCUCAUCUCAUCGAAGUUCCUCUCUCUUCUUCUCAUGGUCUCUAUCUAAGAGAUGUUAUGAACACCUUGAAUUGUCACAGAGGAAAAGGAAUAGCGAACAUUUAUUCAUGGUCUUUCAAAAGGAGCUACAAAAGCGGAUACGUAUGGCACGACGCAUCGGAAGACGAUUUAAUCCAACCAACCAACGGCCAUGAUUACGUCCUCAAAGGUUCAGAGCUUCUCCAAAUACAAACAUGUCAAAAUCAGGCGGAGACGUACCACUCCGGCGACAAUUUUGGCUCUACGACGGCACCGGCGGUCGUCAGAAGGAAUCAAUCAUGGAGCUCGUUCGACAAUCCGCAGGAAUGUUUAGCCUUGAAAUGCGAAUCGAAUAGAGAGCUCGCGGCGAAGUUCGCUCCUGAUGCGGCGACGCAGACGGAGGAGCAGGGGCGUCAGGAACACGUGACUGUAGAGCUAAGUACCGACGAGAUACCAUCUCCGCCGCCUUCGAAUUCUAGCUCGGAGGUUUCAGAGGCGGUGAAUGGAUCGAGAUACGUUGAUCAAUCGGAGAAAGUGAUGGAGACGAUGGAGGAUCGGCAUGGUGGGAGUGGUAGGAUGAAAGUUUCACAGGUUUUGAUGCAGCUGUUUACUUGUGGAGCUGACUCAUGUAGACAUGUGAGGCCUCUGGAAAGUAAGCAGGAUCAAGCUUGUCAGGCAGACAAGCAGGUCGCGUGUAUGAUAAAAGCCUUAAAAAAUGAAUCAUAAAUGUAACACGAUGGUGUAACCAGUUUUCAGUUUUGUGAACAUUCGUGUUUGAAAUUUAUUAAAAGCACAUUUGAAUUUUGUAGUAAA